CCAACAAAACUAACGUGUUGGGGACUUUGGAACAAACGACGACCACAACAGUUAAUCAGUAACGUGAAUGCAAUCGAAACGAGUUGUUGUGUCAACGAAUAAAAUUUUUUCAGAAAAAUAAAUAACGUGGGGUUUAUUUUCUAUAAAGAGAAAAAAAAAAUUAUAUAUAGAAAAAAACCAAUAUAAAAAAAAACAACAAAACAAACGGUGUGUGUAAAAGUGUUUUUGUAAAAAUAAUGAAAUAAAACAAAAUUGUUAAAAUAGAAAACCAAAAUAAAGCAAAACCUUAAAAAAAAAGAGAAAAAAUAACAACAAAAUAAUAAAAAAAGUAGCUGAAGAAGGUGUGAAAUUUAGUGAAAAAGUUAAUUAUUUUUUUAAUAACAACAAAAGAAGAUAAAUAAUAACAGUAAAAAUUAAAGAAAAAAAAUAAAGCCAGAAAUAAAUUUGAUUGUUUAACGACUCAGUUUAAAGUCAACCAAAACAAAACAAAAAAUAUUAAAAACUUACACUUAACAAAAACUAGGUGUAUGUAUGACGAUUUACUCAUAAAAACUGUCGGUGUUUACAGAAAUUUAACAACAAAAAAAAAGAAAAUAAAUAUAAAGAACAUACAGUUUUUUUGUAUUUAAAAAAUGAAAUCUUAACACACCUUUAUCUAUGGAAAAAAAAUAAAUAUUAAAAGCAAAAAUAUAUAAAAAAAUAUUACAAACAAAAAAAAACAAAACAUAAAAAUCUAAAAAACGCCGCUUAUAAUACUGCUAGUAUCUUUAAAGCAAUUAGUACAUUUAAAAAAAAAUAAAAUAACAAUAAAAAAUAGCUGUUUGUUUUAUUUAAGUUUUGCUUACACAUGUGUUUGCAACCAAAAAUAAAAAAAAAUGUGGCUUAUAGAGGACUGAUGUGUGUGGUUUUCAAACCAAACAACGCCAACUACGUCAACGCCGCCAUUGUGGUCAGCUCUAGUUGUAACAAUAACAAGAAAAAUGUAUAAAUUCUUGAGAUUUGCAAAAUCAGCAGAAACCAGCAAACAACAAGAACAAGCAGAAGCCGUAAAAUAACAGAAAAUACAAAAAAACAAAGCAAAACAAAAGUAAAAACAAAAACAACUAAAAAACAAAAACCAAAACAAUAAAAUCAACAUACAAAAACAGCAAACAUGUCUGUUAAUGUUAUAAAAAACACAUAAAAACAAUAAAUGUAAACAAAAUAUAAAAACAAGUUUGAAACAAAAUUUCAAAUAUUUAACAAAAAAUAUUUGAAAAAUUAAACUAAAACCUCCAAAAAAGAUACAAAUAAUUUGUUUGAGUGAGUCAGUGAGUGUGUGUCGCAUUUCUUUACGCUCUCCCCCAUCAAAAUCACCAAAAACAAAAAAAAACAAAAACAACUGCAUAAAGUUAUUUACUGUUGUUGUUGUCUAAGUUUGUUGUUUAAUUUUUUCUGCUGUUAUUUUCCUUAUCUUCUUCUGGUUGUUGUAAUUUUGCUGUGGGUCUUUCCUCCAACAUGUCGUCUACUGCUGCCGCAACAUCACCACCAACGACAACAACAUCUACUACAACACGCACUUCGGAUUGUCGUAAAUUUUCACCAAAUAUUUUCAACAAAAGCAAAUGCAGCCAUUGUUUUCGUCAACGUGAAGAACACAGUGCGGCUGCCUUGGAAUGCAAUAGGGCUUCUCGCAAAGUUUCAAAAUGCGGUUAUUUAUUCGUUGCACCAGAUUGGGACUUCAGCAAUCCUCUCUACAGAACCAAGAGAUGGCAAAGAAGAUGGUUCGUUUUAUAUGAUGAUGGUGAACUCACAUAUUCAGUCGAUGAGCAUCCCGAGACUGUACCCCAAGCCUGUAUUGAUAUGACCAAAGUUUUGGAGGUUGCCACCGCCGAAGAUGUAACCGGUCAUACAAAUUCGAUUGCCAUAACGGCACCAGAUCGUGUUACAUUCGUUAAAGGUACCUGUCCCGAAGAAUCGAAAUGGUGGCUGAAUAUAUUGGUGGCGUUUCCUAAAUCGAAGGGACGUCACAAGCGUAAUGCCACAUUUCCGGGUGCCCAAGCUACCACGAUUUUGCAAUCAACCAAUUCAGAUGCAGCUGCCGUUAGUGCAACAGCACGUAAUCGUCAUAAUUCCUAUCAUAAGGAUAUUUUAACGUCCACCCAAUCAACUGGUGUUUUAGCAUCAACUACCGUUUCAUCAACAACAUCAUCUUCUGCGACAGCCAACACAGCGGCCAUGGCGUCAAAACAAGAGAAAAAGUCAACGGCCAUGAAGAGCAGCAACAACAACAACAACAUCAACGGUAGUUCAAAAUUAUGGUCGCAUAAUGAUGUUGUCGUAACAACAAAAACGGCGACUAGUAAAAAUGCUGCAGGCAUUAAAAAUAAUCAUAAUGCCGGCAUACGAAAUGCUGCUGUCAAUAAUGACGUAGAUGAUGAUGAUGACGAAAACGAUGAAGAGGAUGACGAGGAAGAUGAUGGUGUGGAAACUGGUGAAGAUGACGAGGAGGAUGAGUGUGAUGAAGAGGAAGAAAGUGGUAACUCAACGGGUGAGGAAUGCAAUACCAAAAAGAAAAGUUCAAUGGCUGGAACAAGUGUUCAUGAUGAAAAUAAUCGCAAUGCUGUUAAUGAAAUUAAAACUAGAGUUUCACCACCCUGUCUGCUAAUCGAAGAUAUACGGCGAGAUGAAAAGACCAUUAAGGAUCUGGCCAAUACCAUUACCAAUCUAAGUCAACAACAAAAGAAUCGUUGGACAACAACGGCUGUUAACAAUGUGCUCAACACACAUUUGCAUCAGCACAGCAGCAACAACAACAACAAUAACAAAACGCAACAUCAACAAGAUGAUAAAAAUUCUAGAGAUGAAACCGAUUUCUAUAGGCCAAACACAAAACAUACAUCGUCGUCGUCGUCGUCGUCAGCAUUAGAAACACAAAGUCAUUUAAGACCAAAGUCAUUGCCAUUGGCCUCAAAUUCAACACCCGCCAUAGUAUCCGCCAUUGUUAAGAAAAUUCCACCAGUUAUGGUGUCAUCUUCCAACCAGGCGAAUGCCACAAAUAACAUUAACAGCAGAAGCAAAUCUAGUCCACGUUAUCAAAUGCAACAACAUCAACUACAAAGCAAUCAAAAUUUAAACCGACGCCAACAAAAACAACAAGCUCUCGAGCGUGGCGAUCCCGAUGGUGGUUGUAAUUUAGAUGAUCUCUCCUCUAACUAUUUGGCCAAAACAGUAGAAUUGCGUGUGAAUCCACCACCACCGACAGCAAAUAUUGCAACACCACCCACCACCAGCACAACCGCAACCAACAACACCAUUCCGGCCUCAGUUGUUGAAUCACUCAAUGCCAAAAAAGGUUGGCUAAUGAAGCAAGAUAAUCGUACUGGUGAUUGGACGAAGCAUUGGUUCACUUUAAGUGGUGCUGCUCUGUUCUAUUAUCGUGAUCCUGUUUCAGAGGAACGUGGUGUCUUGGAUGGUGUAUUGGAUGUUAAUAGUCUUACAAAUGUGGCCGAAGUGAAUGCGAAUAGAAAUUAUGCUUUCCAACUAACAACAUGGGAUAAGCGGCGCCUAAUACUGGCUAGUCUAUCGCCCAACUCACGUAAUAGUUGGAUAGCAAUUCUACGAAACGCUGCAGGUCUGCAACAAAAUCCUGCUGUAGUCAUACAAACCAGCAACAACAGCAGCAGCAAUAGCAGCACCGGCAACAAUAGCAAUAAUAAUAAUAAUAGCAGCCAAAGCAAUUGUAGCAUGAUGAAGCAUUCUUCUACCUUGGUGGGUACGAAUGAAAAUCAUAAUGUUAGCAAUAAAUCUAUGACUACAACAGAGCUUAUAAUCAAAGAUAAUACAAGUGAUGAUAUGAAAAGUGAAAUUGAAAAGGAUUUCAUAAAGGCACAAAGGAUCAACAACAACAACAGCAGCAGUAACAAGAGUGUGAAAAAAUUAACCACAGAAACUAGUCCCCAGGUGAUAAUCACCAAUGUCAGUAGUUCAACUUCACCCAAAUCUUCGUUAAUAAGUCCCCAGACUCCCAUAACACCAAAGACUGCCAUGCAUUUCUCUUCGGAUGAAGAGUAUCGUACGGCCUCUGAAGGUGGCCGUCGCGAUAGUAUAGGAGAUUGGGGUUCUCCUUUGUCACCCUCACCACCUGCACCCCUUAAUGUCAUGAGAGCCAAAGAUAGAAUGCGUCCACGUACCACCACACCCUGCCCCAGAAUGCACAAACGUUCAAGAUCAUCCCCACCCUCUUCGAGACGUAGCACGGUGGAUAGCGUGGGUUCCGAUGAACUGCCUAUUAUUCACACCGUCCACGAAGAAAUCAAUCUGAAUGUGGAUAAGGAACUGCAAUUUCGUUUGAGUGUAGUGGAAAAGGAACGCGAUAUGUUAAGAGAUGAAGCCAAAGAACGAGAAACCCGCAUGUCUGAACUACUCAAUACCCUAGAGCGUACUGAGCAAGAGCUUAACAGUCGCAUACAUGAAAUGGAAGAAGUCAGAGAGAGUCUUAGCACACAACUAGAAGAUGCCAAGAGAAAUGCCUCUGAAAUCAUAGAGAGACUAACGGAUGAACUGGAGGAAGGCCAAAGAAAAAUAAAAGAUUUAGAAGAUCGCCUGGCGCGUGGCAUUGAAGAGAAUGAAAAUCUCUAUAAACGUUUAAGGGAAAUGGAAAGCUACAGUCCAGCCAGUUUUAUAAAUCUUCAGAAAAGUAAAAUGAAACGCAUGGAUUCUCUAAGCGAUCUAACUCAAAUCAAUGACAUUGAUCCCUAUGGAUUAGAGCGUGAUUCCUUGGCUGAGGAAUAUAGUGAGCUAAAGGGUCGUUUUGAAAAGGCUGUCAAUGAAAUAAGAGCCAUGAAGCGGGAACUGAAGGAGUCACAAAAUCAAUAUGAUUCUUUGGAAAUUUCCUACGCUUCCCUGAAACAAGAUCUGGAACGCAAGGAGAUACAAGAUCAAUCUCAAUCACAAAUGAUGGCUGCCAGAAUACAGGAUCUUACCCUCAAAUAUAGUUCGUCAGAGAGGCAAGUUAGAACUUUGAAACAGAAAUUAGCAAAGUCCGAACGUAGAAGAUCCUUAUCACUUAAAGGCAAAGAACAGUUAACCGUAUCCAAAGAACUGGAAGUCAAACUGGGAGAAUUGGAAAAUAAAAUAGAUGAGCUGGAGAAAACUCAUCACUUGGAUAUAAAGCAGCCAAUUAUGGAAAAUCCACAAGCACCUAGAAGCUCCAUUAAAAAAUCCUCCAGAAGACGAUCAUUGGAUGCAAGUCUCUCGGCUGUGGGAUGCUCUGACUCCCUGCAGUUUUUGGUAAGAGUUAAUGAUUUGGAGAAACGUUGUGAUGGAGUAACUAGCUCUAGAAGUUCUUCAUGUACACCCACACCAAAUUCGGCUACACCAAAUUUAGAUUCUCCUUCAAGGGCUUCACCUGCUGGCAAUAUGAGACUAUCAGAGCAUUUAAUUGAACGUUUAAGAUGCCUGGAAAGUGUUUUGGUUACCAGCAAAGAUCGGUUAGAGCAAAGUCUAAGUCAAUUACAAAAUUUAAGAUCUUCCCGCACUAGACGUUCCGUAUCACCCAUAACUGAACGCAAGGAUUCGUAUCGUUUUGUGGAGCGUUGUCUGCACGAAGUGGUCAAGUUAAUAAGAGAAUCCACUGAGACCUGUGUUUUGCAAAGCACCCAUCAUGAACUACCACAACCCAGUGUCUAUAUGUUACCCGAUUCUAGUCCUGUUAAGAAAGCUUUAACCCAAUUAGAAUCUCAGCUGAGGUGUAAAUUGGCAGAACUGCUAAAGCAAAGACGUAUGCUGAGAGAACGUAAUGAGUUGACCAAACGUAAAGAUCUGGAGCUAUUAGCCGAAAGAAUAGCAUUUGAAAGUGUAUGCUUUGGAAAGCUAAGAGACUCUGUAGAGAGAGCUGAAAAUCCUGAACUAUUUUGCGAACGGCAAACUAGGGCUGAAGUGGCGGAAACUUCACAUCUUAUGUCUAUGCUGAAGGCUAAGCUGCAAGGAAAAUGCACAGUGAAAACUAGCGGAAGUCUAGAUAUAUUGGCAGGAGUUUUGGCGCGUCGUCUCUUACUGUCUUCUUAUCAAAAGAGCCAUGGUACUCAAGCUCAACAAGAUGUCAAAAUUGCUAUGGAACCAGUAGACCAAAAUAUGUUAGAUGAUCUUUUGCGUCAGCAGAAUGAAAUCAAUGUUAUUGCCAAACGCUAUAAAAACAAUGCCAUGGAAAACUUGGCCACCAGCUUGGCGGCUGAAACUUUAAGCUACAUGUCUACCAAUGACUUAGUGCAGGGUGCUGUUCAGGAAGCUUGGCGUCAAGCUCAAGAAACCGUUAAUGCUGAAUUAGUGCAAUCUGAAAUUGCUCAUAUUAUGAUGCGCAACGCCGAAAGACUAGAAUCAUCUAUUGCUCCAUCCUUUGGAUACACUCUUACUUCCGAGGAGCGUUUGUCUUUCGAGAAAUUCGCUGAUGCGGUACACGAUGCCUUAAGAAGAGAAAUGGAAUUGGCUGUCACACAACUGACACAGUGCUAUGAGGAGACUAUGCAGCACAUGAAACGCGGUCAAUGGCGCAUGCAUUUGCAGCACGAACAUAAGGCAUCUGAGGGACGACAAUUGCUAUCAGAGUUUGCCGAUAUCAUAGCUCACAAAGCCUUGGUAGAUGCGCGCAUUGAUGUUUUGAGAGGAGAUUAUGCCUCACAUCCUGCCUCGAAGAUGGAUGAAGAGAAGGAGGUAAAACGAUUGGGUAUUACGGCAUUACAGAAAUAUGAAAAUCUGUUUGAGGAACUUUCAAAUGAUCUGCAAAUUAAUAAUUCAGAUGAUAUACUCCUGGAAGCAGAUUUUGAAUUUAUGUAUAAGCAACAUGCGGUUGAUUUUCUUAGCGAUCGCCAGGUGUUGUGUGACAUUUCGACCUUCCUCAGUCAAUUGGAAGACUCUCUAAUCGCAUUGCAAUGUGAGGCCACCACAUCAUCCAAUGAACACAUACCACGUACCGAAAUAUCCAUUGAAAGUCUACAAGAUGUUUGUCACAAAUGCUGUGAAUUACGCAAACGAGCCGAUCAACUUCUGCAAGAAGUACAUCGCAAAUUGAAUGCCUCAUGUCAGCAUUGUUUGCAGGUGCGCGAAAAGUUGCACAGUCUCCAGGAACAGCAUGAAAGUGAAAUUUUACGUUUACAACAGUCACAUGCCAAAGAUUUAACAGCUCUAAUGCAACAAGUCGAACACCAACGUACAGCCAUACGUUGCCUGGAGGCCGAAAAGAAUGCCAUCAACCAAGACUUGAACAAAAGCGAAGAGCUAAUGGAGGAGCGUGAACGUGAACUGCAAGCAGCAACACAGAGGCUCAAUGCAAAAGAGCUAACAGUGCAAGCCACCCAAGGUGAACAGCGUGAGUUAUUGAAACGCCUCGAGGCGGAAGAGGAAAAAGUGCGUUCGUAUCAGGAGGAAAGUGAUGCAUUAACAAUGAAAUGUGCACGCCAAGAUGAUGAGUAUGUAAUGCUGUUGCAGGAACGCGACUACAUACAGUCACAGCUAGCCAAAGAACAGGAGAGAAGUAGACGUUUUGAGAAACGUUUAGAGCUGCUGGAAAUGGAGCAUGGCAAACAAAUGGAAUGCCUGCAGCAGGCAUAUGGCGAUCAAAUGAUGGCACACUGUUCCGAAUUGCCAAAUGUUGUGGAUGAGGAGUCGUUCCGUCAACGUUACCAGUCGGAAAUUGAACAAUUGAGGACACUUUGUGAAAAGGGUUUGUCAGCUAUGGAAUCGUCGCAUAGACGCACUCUAAAUGAUUUAGAGGAAAAGCAUAAGCAAGAAAUUGAAGGUUUGCUAAUCGAAAAGGAAACAGCCUUGGCUGAAGAAACCCAGGCUACAUUAGCUGCUCUUGAUGCCAUGCGUAAAGCACACCAAAGUGAAGUACAACGUGAAGUUGCACGCUUUAAACAAGAAUUUCUUAAACAAUUUCAACAAAGAGGCGAACGUACUUUAGAUUCAACCAAGGCGAAGGAAGAAGAAUUGGAAGAAUUGCGUCAAGAAAUUCUAUCAUUCUCCGAAAAAUAUUCCAUCAAAUGUGUUGAAAACGCUGCUUUAGAAGAGAAAUUACGUGUUGCCAAUCAAAAACUGAAACAUUUUCAACAAAUGCAACAAUUGGAAUUAAGAAACAAACAGUUCCGCGCUCAUUUGGCAUCCGAAGAUCCCUCUAAAGAUAUACAAUUUGUAACCAGGCCCAAGGAUGGCGAAGACGCAAAUGGCGAUGCUGUUUGUCAAGAUAGUGAGCAUGUGCAUGCUAAAAAAUCUAAUCACAAUGAUAAUGAUGCGAAAAUAUAUAAACAAGAACAACUAUUAAAACAACAACAACAACAACACCAACAACCACAACAAAGACAUAGUAAUGAUAAUGAAGAAGAUCGUCAUCAACAUCAGCAGCAGCAGAAGCAAGAGUCAAAACAAAACAAAUCCAAGUUGAUUAAACCCUUAUGUACCACUACUCAAAUAAAAACACGCUCAGUUAAUGAUCUAAAUUCUCACAAUGAUGACGAUAAUGGUAGUAAAAUUACAAGCACAACAACAACAGCAACCACAUUGAUAGCAAAUUUAACUCAACCUCCUACUUCGUUUGAUACAAAAUCAACAAGUGAUAGUCAAACAGCAACAUCUACUAGUAGCAAUAGCAAUACUGCAAUUUCUACUCAGAUGCAUGAUACUAAGCAGAAGAUUAAUACUAACAGCAACAACACUUGCAACACUACCACCACUACUACCAUUCGUAGCAACAAAAACAACAACAACAAAGAUAUUAUCAAUUUAGCCAACAACAAUAACAAUAUUAUGGUUGUUGCUGCUGCUGCCGAUAAUAAUGAUAAUGACACCAAUGUAACUUUACUAAAUAGUACUAGCAAUAGUAGUCAUUGUAAAAAUACUAUCAGUAGUAGUAGUAGUAAUAGUUGUAGGUAUGGUAGUGGCAGUAGAGGAGGAGGAGGUCUUGAUGAUAAUGAUUAUUUAACCAAUUCUCGAUAUUCGUAUGAGCCAUGUUAUAAACAAACCAAUUUGUUUAACUAUCAGAAUAGGAUGUUAAACUUUGAAGGUUUGAAAACGUCAACCAGAACCACAUUUGGUAAAAAUUUGAAAACCUUUAAAAAUCAAUAUAAAUUAAACAAUACUAAAAAUACCACACCAAUAAAAAAUGAAACAACAUCAUCAUCAUCAACAACAGCAACAACCAAAAUAAGCAAAAACGAACAACAUCAACAAAAACCACAAAUUUAUAAAUCAAUUAAAACAUUUCAAAUACCAGAUAAUGAUCAAACCCCAACAACAACAUCCACAUUUCAAUUGAAUAGUGAAAAUUUACCACAAACUGAAAAAACAACAAUAAAAUCUAUACUAAACCCAGUGGAUUUACCAAAGAAUUUUAGUGCUAAUAAUACAAUUAAUAUAAAUUUAAAUAGUUUUUAUAAUAUGGAAAAGCAACUAAUUAAUAAAAAUCAAAAAAAACAACAACAACUAGAUAAUAUUAACCCUAAAACUUAUACAUUUAAUACAAACAGCAACAACAACAACAGAAACACUACUUUAACAGCCAAUGAUAAGAAAAAUAUUUUACCCAUUGCCGAAAGAUGCAGUGCAAUUAAUUUAAAUAGUUUUACAGACAUCAUACAAAAAGCCACCACAACAGCAACAACAACAGCAGUAAAACAUGUUGGUGAUGAUGAUAUUAAAGACUAUGAUAACAGCAAGCAACAGAAAUUUCAAUAUUUAAACCAGCACAAGAACAACAAUGAUAGCACCAUGUUUGUAGAGACAACAGCAAAACCAACUUGCAGCAGUUACAAUUUAUUAACUCAGCAACAGCAACAACAACAAACACAUCAGCAACAGCAACAACAACACCAUAUUUUAUAUCAAGAUAUGGACAACACGACAUUAAAAACGAAAAGAUCCCGCAUUAGCUCACCCCCUCCCUUAGAUGGAAGGGACGUUGAGCUGACAUUAAACACUACAACUCCAUCAUCAUGCACUUCAAGCACUAACAUUAACAACAACAACAUCAGCAACAACAAUAUUAAUCCAACACUAAACAGCACGAAAUCUUUACGAAAUUCAUCACAUUCAAAACGUUUUGAGUUGGAAAUAUAAUCAAACAACAUCAGCAGCAGAAGCAGUCGCAGUCGCAGUAGAAGCAACAUCAUUAUGAAAACAAAAUAUUUAUACGUAGUUUAAAUUAAUACAUAUUUUGGAAAAAAAAAUGUAAGCUUAAAACAAAGGUGUUUUUGGGAGUUACAGACACAAGUAUUUUGCUAAAAUUUUGGAAUUAUUUGGAAAUAAAUUAAGGAAAACUUCAGUCAAAACUACAUUAUUUUAAAUGUUGUGAAAAAUAAAGUUUUGCAGUUACAAACUCUUUGAAACUAAAUUUACAUAAAAAGCCUUCAAAUAACAAACAAUUUACUGUCUAUUAGUUUGUUAAACUCAGCUUAAUUUUAUGCUUAGUUAAGGUUUGAAUCAAUAACUAAUAAAUCAAAAUCGAUUCACAAAUUGUUUUUAAAAACUUCCUGGGAAAACUUAGGUCUAGAUUUACUGAAAUUUAACUACGGUUUUAUAGCAGCUUAUUUAAACUUAUAAUAUUAUACUGAUCGAUGACUUUUGAUGACAAACUUCUUGGGAAAACUUAGACCUAAAUUUUUAAAUAUUUAUUGAACUUUAUUUUAACCUAAACUCAAUAUAAUUAACUGGACUUUUAUCAGUAGUAGCUAGAGAUUAAAUUAAACUUGGUUUAACUUUUGAUGUUAAAAUUUCAUAAAAAAAACGUAAAACAGCUUGAAAUGUUAAAUCAAACUUGAAAUGUUUAACAACUGUAUAGUUAAUCUCUAAAGAAAUUCAAAUUGCAGUUAAAUACAGUAUACCUUUACAUAUGUGGUUUAUCCAAUAAUAUUGUUCGAUCACUUUUGUUGUCAAAUUUAUUGGGAAACUUAAAUUUUAAGUAAAACAAUAUUUAACUGACCUAUUACCAAUAACAGUCAGAGAUUAAGUUAAACUUGGUUUAACUGAAAGACGAUUACUUUUGAUGCUACAAUUACAAUUUGCUUUUAAAAUUAAACUAAGUUUUUACUUCUACUUACAUAUUACAGCGAAACUAAACACUCCUUAACUGGUUUUAUUAAACUCAAUUGGAUGUCCACAUUACGUUGUAAAGAAGCUAUUCAGUUAAACUCGAAAAAAUAUCACUUUCUUUUAAACCAUGUUUUUGAUGAUUUAAAAUACUUGGGAAAACUGUAAAUUUUCACUUAUACUUGGUUUAACGAACAGUUCAGCAAACAUUUUAACAAACACAACUAAAGUUUAGCAAUACAAAAUUGUAAUAGUUGUCAAAGUAAAUUUUUACUUAUUUUUGUUUUGGCGAAACGUUUAGCUAAACUCUCCUUAACUAGGUUUUAUUAAACUAGAAAUUUUGCAUUAAAUUCGAACAUUCGAACAAGUUUUUCUUCCUUUCAAACCACCAUGUUUGUGAUAGUUUAUAUAAAAAAAAACU